AUCAAAAGAAUCAAAUACAGAAGCCAAUGGCCAUGAUAACAGUCUUCUUUACGUUACUGAGGAAGUUUUACGCCAUUUUUGUCCUUUGUCUUUACGUGACUACAGUCGAUAGUCAGACCAAAAACCCGGAAUUCCCUGAAUUUCCUCCAAAAAUCAUACCAAGUGACAACCCUUCGAUCCCAACAGGGCAUCUCAAGCCAUUUGGAUACCAAAGACCUCCAGAUGGCCAUGUAAAGGAAUACAAGACUGUACUACAUCCUAAAGAGUUUUGGAAUAACCAUGUUAGUCAAAAUAAACCAGCAGUCUUUCGACAGGCCGUCUCAAAAUCCUCAGCAAUUUCAAACUGGGUCGAUGAAUAUUUGAAAGAUCAUUAUGGAGAUUUAGACGUUUUAAUUGAACUGAAAAAGGAAAACCGAAGUUUUUCAGCUCAGAGGACAACGUUGGGGACUUUUAUUGAUAAUUAUAACGAAAAAGAUGUGUAUGUUGUUACGGUCUUGCCUGAUCCCAUGAGGAAAGAUAUUCAGGUGCCAUCAUGUCUAUUGUGUGGUUCGUUUGUGGAUUAUAUUCACGAGACAAACUUCUGGAUGAGUUCAGGAGGAACGCGGUCUGUCAUCCACUUCGAUGCAGAUCAUAUUUUGCACUGUCUUGUUGCUGGGCAAAAAGAUUGGAUGUUGAUUAACCAGCAGCACGUUGACGAUCUAUAUAUGGAAAGAAGGUCAAAGUUUUCUGGUUCUGGUUUCACAUUGAUUGAUCCUGACAAAGUAGACAUGCUGGAGUAUCCACGAGUAGCCAAUGUCUCUUGGCAAUAUACAACCUUACAACCUGGUGACUGUGUGUUUCUGCCAUCUGAAUAUAUCCACCAAGUGAGGUCUUAUAUCAGAAGUAUCUCAGUGACAAUGCUCUUUACCACUGAAACCAACAACACCUUUAAUCCAAAAGGAUGUGACAAAGCCGAUUUAGACUCUGUUGUCACACUGGACAAGGUCAAUGUCCAUUGGACGUACAAUAAGGGAGAUAACUUCAUAGAGAUGGGAUAUAUGAAUGUGGAAAUGCUCAGAGAGACACUUUUAACAGGUUUAAAAAGAUCAAAGACAGAUAAACUCACACUUGAAGGAUUUAAAAAUUUUUGGUCCCUUUCAAUGGAUGAAGACGAAGAGGGGCCUGGUCCAGAGGUGGCAUUUGAAAAGCUUUUAAAAUCAGUGAAUAAAAUAAGUUACUUAACCAAAGAAGACAUAAAAAACCUACCAAGGGAUGCUCUCAAAGAGUUGGCUAGAGUCAUGGACCCUCCCCACGGACCUAAAGAGGAAAAGAAACUAGUGGAUGAUGACUUGGAUAUAAGAAAAAGUAACACUUAUGACUAUAAUGAAAGUGAAGAUGAGGAAGAUAAUGAAAAAAAUCUACGCAUUGAGCUGUGAUUACUAUCUAUUUUGUUUGUUAUGAUAUUUUUGAUGCUAAUGAAGAAGAAAGUUUCCUCAAACGCUAGCACUACGCAAAAAAAACAACAAAAAAACUUGUCCUUAACACUGAUGCAUACAAGCUUCAGCUAGAAUGUUUAUUGUACAACACAGUACCUUAAAGUCUUGCUCAUACCACAAUGAAAUAUAAUAGAUAUAAAUAAUUAUGAAACUUUAAUAUAGAAUAAAGAUCACUUGUACAGAUGGUUUUAAAACUGAAAAAAGGAUUCAAGAAAGAGAAAAUAAAAUGUUUU